AUGAAUGCGGCUGCUUCUCUCUACUUCGCACACUUCCCCAUCCCGAGUCGAGCUUUUCGCUUGGCGUGGGCUGCUCCGUCCCAGCUUUCGAAGCUCACCUCUUCAAUCCAAACCGUCACGUCACCCACCUCAACCCACAAAAAGCAACAUCAACAAAAGUCAAAAACAUACAACACCAGGUAUUCGCUUGUCGUCACCGACCCAACUACUGAUCCGGCCCUCAUUGGCUUAUCUAUGGGAGAGCGGACGGGAUCCCGAGUUUUCCAAUGGGACGAGGGCAUCGUGAUACUCAAGUCGCCAGACACCAACACCAAGCGGAUGCAGUCACAACCCGCACUCGUGCGAAUUAUAGAAGUUGACUGGAAUACGACUCACCGUGAUCCCUACGUCUUGAGAUGGUUCUGCUUUCCAUUAGCCGUGCUGGAAUACUCUGUAAAGAACCACGGUCUGGCGAUGACUGCGGCCUCUGCUCGCAUGGGCUUCCGCCAUACUGAAAAUAGGCAUUGA